AUGGAGAACCUCUUGCCACCCAUCAUCGAUAUUGAGAUGCACAACGGCGACGUCCCUCCUUUCAAUUGGCCAGAUCGCGACGUUCCCGACGACAUUAUCUUCUUGACCUUCAUUGCUCUCACGAACAUGCGAGAUGCGAAGCACUCGCUCUUGUCCGCUUCACAAGUCUGUCGUCGCUGGAGGCUUAUCGCCUCAUACUCAGCAAGGCUUUGGUCCAAGGUGGACCUCUCAGACCUCAAGAUUGCCUCACAGUACGUUGUCCGUGCAAGAGAUGCGCCCAUCACAAUUAUGCUCCGAAGAGAUAAAGUCGCCGACGUACCCCAAGGCCUCCCAACGUUUCUCUCCACUUACCUGAAUUUCGCACAGGUCGUCGAGAUAGUCUUGGAACUGCCUUACAGCGUUAUGGCGCAAGUGCUACCCUUCUUGAACUGUCCGCUUCCCGCGUUGAAGACUCUGACCUUGGCACUCACCGGAGGGAGCGAUGAAGAGAACGAAGCCGAGCCUUACGCUCUUGAAGCUCGCCUGGGAAUGUGUUCGAAUUUGAGGACCCUCGAGCUGACCCGCAUCAUCGUGCGUUCUCUCUCAUGUGAUACUCAGGUGCGGGCAAUUCGCUGGGUGGACCAAUUCUAUGGCUGGGCCGACAACAUGCUUACAAUGGAUCAGUUUCUCGAAGUAUUGAGAAAAUGUCCUUUCCUUGACACACUCUAUCUGCAGGAUGCAGGUCCGUGGCUCGACAUAGAAGAUCCAGAAUAUCCCCAACUUCCUCCCAUCAACCUCCCCAAUGUGCGAAUGGUUGAGCUCCGCCUGGGUCCUGGCCACAUGAAAUACCUCUUGUCGUACAUCGUGAUUCCUGAGGAAGCUAAAGUUACUUGUUAUACCUGCUUGGGCGAUGAGGAAGACUUCGAGUACAUGCUGCCAAAGGACAUGAGUAACAUUCGCAUGACACAGUGCGCGGACACUGCUGUUUUCACCAACUACGAGGAGGAAACAACCCUGUAUCUUCGGCUUUACUCUCAGCGAGGUGCAAGCCAGGGCUCGACGGCACCAGUGGGGCGGUUCGAUCUCAAUUUAGCCUGCGGUACCGAAGAUGAGGAUGCCAUUCCGGAAUAUCUUCAUCCCAAAGCCAUCAGUACUAUCACUCUGAUACCCAGUGUCUUCCCUGGGAUUAGAGAUAUCACUGUCCGGUGCGAUCUCGUCGAGAUUGGUGCCUCUCAAUGGCAAUCUAUCCUCGAGACCUUCGGCAAUGUCACUACUAUUCGACUUACCAAUAUUCGGAAGGGUUUCGAGUCCGAAAGUGCCGAUAGACCCUACCUUUUCGAAGCCCUCCUUUCCUCAUCUGGAAGAGGCUAUAUUUGCCCAAAGCUCCGAGAAAUCGAAUUGUACGAUCUACGCAUCACCGACGAAUUCAUUCACGUCGCGUCUCAAGCCUUGCUACAACGACAGAAGAUGGGUCUGCAGUUACGGUGGCUCUUGUUCUAUGUUCGUGAAGCUGAAUGGGAUAUUGCGCAAAAGUUCUUGCAGUCUACCGUUCAAGACUUCAUUACAAGACCUUCCGUGCCCGCCGAAGAGGAACAAUGGUGGGGCCAGAGGGACGUGGAAUCGCGUGGCUUGCAGUAGGACCUCCGAAUGACGUGCUCUGACAGAUAUCUGGUCGUUCGUUCUCCUCUUAUAGCUAAUCCUGAGUUUGAUACCCGGGAUUUGCCAGCCUAUAUCCGAACCUUUAUACCAGCCAUCUGUUGAUACUCAGGCUCAUUUCUUCUAUUCGUACUUCUAUGCGUAGCUAUGUCAUAGUAUGUGUUUGUUUAGUAUGCCCCAUGACUUUCAGAUAUGUUUUUUCUCCUUACUCGCCUCGACGUGGACUCGUUCACCGACAGCCAAUAAGUAUUAUCCCUGUGUAUCGCAGGAGAAGUCAAAAUGGUGGAGGUAAAUAGCGUCAACCGCUGGAAAGCCCUAACCAGA